CUGCACAGGUGAUGUAAUGGUAUGUGAGAAUGAGCAGAAUUCUCAGCAGGAAGAUGCUGAGCACGUGGGUAAAUAUGGAGCGUUAUCACAAAGAUCGAAAAGGAAUGUGUCCAGGAGUCAUGAGCAGGGAAAAUCCUGUGAGAUUCAGCACAGACCAGAGAGAGAGCAGGGAAGCUACUCAGGAGAGAAAGUGGGUAAAUAUAUUUACUCUCAGGGAACUCAGCAGAACCUCAAGCAAACCACAACUCAGCAGGACAUCCUUAUGGGAAAGAGAAAAAAUACAUACAUUUUUCCCACCAUCCGUGCAAGUGACUACUCACCCCUUUUAAAGCAUCAGAGAAUCCACACAGGGGAAAGGCCCUAUGAAUGCAGUGAGUGUGGGAAAACCUUCAAUGGAUGCUCAAACCUUGUUAGUCAUCGGAGAACCCAUACAGGGGAGAGGCCCUAUGAAUGCAGUGAGUGUGGAAAAAAGUUCAUUCACAGAUCAGGCCUUUUUCAACAUCAGAGAAUCCACACAGGGGAAAGGCCCUAUGAAUGUAGUGAGUGUGGGAAAACCUUCAGUCAAUGCACAAACUUCGUUAGUCAUCAGAGAACGCACACAGGAGAGGGGCCCUAUGAAUGCAGUGAGUAUGGGAAAACCUUCAGUCGACGCUCAAACCUUGUUCGUCAUCAGAGAACCCAUACAGGGCAGAGGCCCUAUGAAUGCAGUGAGUGUGGGGAAAGCUUCACUAACAGAGCAGCUCAUCUUAAUCAUCAGAGAAUCCACACAAGGGCGAGGCCCUAUGAAUGCACUGAGUGUGGGAAAACCUUCUCUUGCCACUCAGCCCAUGUUAGGCAUCAGAGAAUCUGCAAGAGAGAUCAACACCAUAAAAGCCUCUAGGUCUAUUAAGACUUCUUUUUUUUUGUUAAUACUUUGGCUGAUUCCCACACAGUAACUCUUGAAGCUGUUUGAACUGUUUGCAGCACCGUUAUCCCUCAACUUGUCCAGAUGAGUGGCCCAUUUUGGCCUUUCGUAGGUCACCCUGUUUCAAGGUGGACCCAUUCGUCCUUUCUAUCAACUCCAUUGUCCCAUGAGUAAUUUGAGUGUGCCCCUCCUACUGGGAACCAGGGAACAUCACAUUCAUACCAUUCCUCCUAUUGCAAAGUUAUUGUUAGAGUCACCAGUGAUACAGAUUGUAUCAUUACCAGUUGUUCUCAUGUUGCUGUGGGUUGUGCUGAAGAACAGUUAUUUUGGAAACUUUUAAAAUUAUAUUUAAAUGAAGAGGAGCAGGGGCAGGAAAAAAAGUGUCAUUUCAGUCUCUGACACUGGAAGGAGAUAGGGAGACUCAGAUUCCCUCCUUCCCCAUCACUGCAGAACUGUUGCCUUUUCUCUUAGCCAUGUUAGAGUUUAUCUUCAUCACAUUCUAUCCCUCCACUUCUCAGAGUGCCAUGUGAGGAAGAGUUUUCAGCUGUCUGUGCUUGGAGAUGAUGCUUUGACUUCUUUAAUCCUAUAUCAGAGUCACUGAGUGCAGAUGAAAGUGUCAAAGACCUGGAAGGGGAAUUCAAAUGGAUCCCAAACACAGUUUGAUCAUUUGGAGUUAAAAUGCCAGGUUCCAUCUAUUGGUAAAGCCACUUCUGGCAAAGUGG